AUGCCAUCUAAAGAAGUCACCACCGGCCCAACAACCACUUCCACCACUCCACCUAAAGUAGUCACCACCGGCCAAACAACCACUUCAACCACUGUAAAUGUUGGAACCUCUACAUCAACAUCUCAGCCCACAACAACAGGUGAAGAAACAACAGGGCCAGUUGUCAUAACUUCAAAUCCCACAACUUUAACAACAACUACAAUUUCACCCACAACAACUACACCUACCACAGGUGGAACAACAACAGUUGAAGAAACCACAACUGAGACAAGUCCAUCCACUUCCACAAAGCCACCAAAAGAAGUAACCACCGGUCCAACAACCACUUCCACCACUGUAAUUGUUGAAACAUCUACCUCAACACCACAGCCCACAUCAACAGGUGUAGAAACAACAGGGCCAGUUGUCAUAACUUCCAAUCCUACUACUUUAACAACAACUACAAAUGUACCCACAACAACUACACCUACCACAGGUGGAACAACAACAAUUGAAGGAACCACAACUGAGACAAUUUCAUCUACAUCCACAAAGCCACCUAAAGAAGUCACCACCGGCCCAACAACAACCUCCACCACUGUAAUUGUUGAAACCUCUACCUCAACAUCUCAGCCCACAACAACAGGUGAAGAAACAACAGGGCCAGUUGUCAUAACUUCAAAUCCCACAACUUUAACAACAACUACAAUUUCACCCACAACAACUACAUCUACCACAGGUGGAACAACAACAGUUGAAGAAACCACAACUGAGACAAGUCCAUCCACUUCCACAAAGCCACCAAAAGAAGUAACCACCGGUCCAACAACCACUUCCACCACUGUAAUUGUUGAAACAUCUACCUCAACAUCACAGCCCACAGCAACAGGUGAAGAAACAACAGGGCCAGUUGUCAUAACUUCCAAUCCUACUACUUUAACAACAACUACAAAUGUACCCACAACAACUACACCUACCACAGGUGGAACAACAACAGUUGAAGAAACCACAACUGAGACAAGUCCAUCUACCUCCACAAAGCCACCGAAAGAAGUAACCACCGGUCCAACAACCACUUCCACCACUGUAAUUGUUGAAACAUCUACCUCAACAUCACAGCCCACAGCAACAGGUGGAGAAACAACAGGGCCAGUUGUCAUAACUUCCAAUCCUACUACUUUAACAACAACUACAAAUGUACCCACAACAACUACACCUACCACAGGUGGAAAAACAACAAUUGAAGAAACCACAACUGAGACAAUUUCAUCUGCAUCCACAAAGCCACCUAAAGAAGUCACCACCGGCCCAACAACCACUUCCACCACUGUCAUUGUUGAAACCUCUACCUCAACACCACAGCCCACAUCAACAGGUGUAGAAACAACAGGGCCAGUUGUCAUAACUUCGAAUCCCACCACUUUAACAACAACUACAAUUUCACCCAAAACAACUACACCUACCCUCAGUGGAGCAACAACAGUUGAAGAAACCACAACUGAGACAAGUCCAUCUACCUCCACAAAGCCACCGAAAGAAGUCACCACCGGUCCAACAACCACUUCCACCACUGUAAUUGUUGAAACCUCUACCUCAACAUCACAGCCCACAGCAACAGGUGAAGAAACAACAGAGCCAGUUGUCAUAACUUCAAAUCCCACAACUUUAACAACAACUACAAUUUCACCCACAACAACUACACCUACCACAGGUGGAGCAACAACAGUUGAAGAAACCACAACUGAGACAAGUCCAUCUACCUCCACAAAGCCACCGAAAGAAGUCACCACCGGUCCAACAACCACUGUAAUUGUUGAAACCUCUACCUCAACAUCACAGCCCACAGCAACAGGUGGAGAAACAACAGGGCCAGUUGUCAUAACUUCCAAUCCUACUACUUUAACAACAACUACAAAUGUACCCACAACAACUACACCUACCACAGGUGGAACAACAACAAUUGAAGGAACCACAACUGAGACAAUUUCAUCUACAUCCACAAAGCCACCUAAAGAAGUCACCACCGGCCCAACAACAACCUCCACCACUGUAAUUGUUGAAACCUCUACCUCAACAUCUCAGCCCACAACAACAGGUGAAGAAACAACAGGGCCAGUUGUCAUAACUUCAAAUCCCACAACUUUAACAACAACUACAAUUUCACCCACAACAACUACAUCUACCACAGGUGGAACAACAACAGUUGAAGAAACCACAACUGAGACAAGUCCAUCCACUUCCACAAAGCCACCAAAAGAAGUAACCACCGGUCCAACAACCACUUCCACCACUGUAAUUGUUGAAACAUCUACCUCAACAUCACAGCCCACAGCAACAGGUGAAGAAACAACAGGGCCAGUUGUCAUAACUUCCAAUCCUACUACUUUAACAACAACUACAAAUGUACCCACAACAACUACACCUACCACAGGUGGAACAACAACAAUUGAAGAAACCACAACUGAGACAAUUUCAUCUGCAUCCACAAAGCCACCUAAAGAAGUCACCACCGGCCAGACAACCACUUCCACCACUGUCAUUGUUGAAACCUCUACCUCAACACCACAGCCCACAUCAACAGGUGUAGAAACAACAGGGCCAGUUGUCAUAACUUCGAAUCCCACCACUUUAACAACAACUACAAUUUCACCCAAAACAACUACACCUACCACAGGUGGAGCAACAACAGUUGAAGAAACCACAACUGAGACAAGUCCAUCUACCUCCACAAAGCCACCGAAAGAAGUCACCACCGGUCCAACAACCACUUCCACCACUGUAAUUGUUGAAACCUCUACCUCAACAUCACAGCCCACAGCAACAGGUGAAGAAACAACAGGGCCAGUUGUCAUAACUUCCAAUCCCACUACUUUAACAACAACUACAAAUGUACCCACAACAUCUACACCUACCACAGGUGGAACAACAACAGUUGAAGAAACCACAACUGAGACAAUUUCAUCUGCAUCCACAAAGCCACCUAAAGAAGUCACCACCGGCCCAACAACCACUUCCACCACUGUAAAUGUUGAAACAUCUACCUCAACAUCACAGCCCACAGCAACAGGUGGAGAAACAACAGGGCCAGUUGUCAUAACUUCCAAUCCCACAACUUUAACAACAACUACAAAUGUACCCACAACAUUUACACCUACCACAGGUGGAACAACAACAGUUGAAGAAACCACAACUGAGACAAUUUCAUCUGCAUCCACAAAGCCAUCUAAAGAAGUCACCACCGGCCUAACAACCACUUCCACCACUGUCAUUGUUGAAACCUCUACCUCAACACCACAGCCCACAUCAACAGGUGUAGAAACAACAGGGCCAGUUGUCAUAACUUCGAAUCCCACAACUUUAACAACAACUACAAUUUCACCCAAAACAACUACACCUACCACAGGUGGAGCAACAACAGUUGAAGAAACCACAACUGAGACAAGUCCAUCUACCUCCACAAAGCCAACGAAAGAAGUCACCACCGGUCCAACAACCACUUCCACCACUGUAAUUGUUGAAACCUCUACCUCAACAUCACAGCCCACAGCAACAGGUGAAGAAACAACAGGGCCAGUUGUCAUAACUUCCAAUCCCACUACUUUAACAACAACUACAAAUGUACCCACAACAUCUACACCUACCACAUUUGGAACAACGACAAUUGAAGAAACCACAACUGAGACAAGUUCAUCUACCUCCACAAAGCCACCGAAAGAAGUCACCACCGGUCCAACAACCACUUCCACCACUGUAAUUGUUGAAACCUCUACCUCAACAUCUCAGCCCACAACAGCAGGUGAAGAAACAACAGGUCCAGUAGUGAUAACAUCCAAUCCCACCACUUUAACAACAACUACAAUUGUAAACACAACAUCUAAACCUACCACAGUUGGAACUACAAGAAUUGAAGAAACAACAACUGAGACAAUUCAAUCUACAUCCACAAAGCCACCUAAAGAAGUCACCAACGGCCCAACAACCACUUCCACCACUGUCAUUGUUGAAACCUCUACCUCAACAUCACAGCCCACAGCAACAGGUGAAGAAACAACAGGGCCAGUUGUCAUAACUUCCAAUCCCACUACUUUAACAACAACUACAAAUGUACCCACAACAACUACACCUACCACAGGUGGAACAACAACAGUUGAAGAAACCACAACUGAGACAAGUCCAUCCACCUCCACAAAGCCACCGAAAGAAGUUACCACCAGUCCAACAACCACUUCCACCACUGUAAUUGUUGAAACAUCUACCUCAACAUCACAGCCCACAGCAACAGGUGGAGAAACAACAGGGCCAGUUGUCAUAACUUCCAAUCCUACUACUUUAACAACAACUACAAAUGUACCCACAACAACUACACCUACCACAGGUGGAACAACAACAAUUGAAGAAACCACAACUGAGACAAUUUCAUCUGCAUCCACAAAGCCACCUAAAGAAGUCACCACCGGCCCAACAACCACUUCCACCACUGUAAAUGUUGAAACAUCUACCUCAACAUCACAGCCCACAGCAACAGGUGGAGAAACAACAGGGCCAGUUGUCAUAACUUCCAAUCCUACUACUUUAACAACAACUACAAAUGUACCCACAACAACUACACCUACCACAGGUGGAACAACAACAAUUGAAGAAACCACAACUGAGACAAGUUCAUCUACCUCCACAAAGCCACCGAAAGAAGUCACCACCGGUCCAACAACCACUUCCACCACUGUAAAUGUUGAAACUUCUACCUCAACAUCUCAGCCCACAACAACAGGUGAAGAAACAACAGGGCCAGUUGUCAUAACUUCAAAUCCCACAACUUUAACAACAACUACAAUUUCACCCACAACAACUACACCUACCACAGGUGGAACAACAACAGUUGAAGAAACCACAACUGAGACAAGUCUAUCCACUUCCACAAAGCCACCAAAAGAAGUAACCACCGGUCCAACAACCACUUCCACCACUGUAAUUGUUGAAACAUCUACCUCAACAUCACAGCCCACAGCAACAGGUGGAGAAACAACAGGGCCAGUUGUCAUAACUUCCAAUCCUACUACUUUAACAACAACUACAAAUGUACCCACAACAACUACACCUACCACAGGUGGAACAACAACAAUUGAAGAAACCACAACUGAGACAAUUUCAUCUGCAUCCACAAAGCCACCUAAAGAAGUCACCACCGGUCCAACAACCACUUCCACCACUGUAAUUGUUGAAACCUCUACCUCAACAUCACAGCCCACAGCAACAGGUGUAGAAACAACAGGGCCAGUUGUCAUAACUUCGAAUCCCACAACUUUAACAACAACUACAAUUUCACCCACAACAACUACACCUACCACAGGUGGAACAACAACAGUUGAAGAAACCACAACUGAGUCUAUUCCAUCUACCUCCACAAAGACACCUAAAGAAGUCACACCCGGUCCAACAACCACUUCCACCACUGUAAUUGUUGAAACAUCUACCUCAACAUCACAGCCCACAACAACAGGUGGAGAAACAACAGGGCCAGUUGUCAUAACUUCCAAUCCUACUACUUUAACAACAACUACAAAUGUACCCACAACGACUACAUCUACCACAGGUGGAACAACAAGAAUUGAAGAAACCACAACUGAGACAAGUCCAUCCACCUCCACAAAGCCACCGAAAGAAGUCACCACCGGUCCAACAACCACUUCCACCACUGUAAUUGUUGAAACCUCUACCUCAACAUCUCAGCCUACAACAACAGGUGAAGAAACAACAGGGCCAGUUAUCAUAACCUCCAAUCCCACUACUUUAACAACAACUACAAUUUCACCCACAACAACUACACCUACCACAGGUGGAACAACAACAGUUGAAGAAACCACAACUGAGUCUAUUCCAUCUACCUCCACAAAGACACCUAAAGAAGUCACACCCGGUCCAACAACCACUUCCACCACUGUAAUUGUUGAAACAUCUACCUCAACAUCACAGCCCACAACAACAGGUGGAGAAACAACAGGGCCAGUUGUCAUAACUUCCAAUCCUACUACUUUAACAACAACUACAAAUGUACCCACAACGACUACAUCUACCACAGGUGGAACAACAAGAAUUGAAGAAACCACAACUGAGACAAGUCCAUCCACCUCCACAAAGCCACCGAAAGAAGUCACCACCGGUCCAACAACCACUUCCACCACUGUAAUUGUUGAAACCUCUACCUCAACAUCUCAGCCUACAACAACAGGUGAAGAAACAACAGGGCCAGUUAUCAUAACCUCCAAUCCCACUACUUUAACAACAACUACAAAUGUACCCACAACAACUACACCUACCACAGGUGGAAUAACAACAAUCGAAGAAACCACAACUGAGACAAUUUCAUCUACAUCCACGAAGCCACCGAGAGUAGUCACCACCGGCCCAACAACCACUUCCACCACUGUAAAUGUUGAAACCUCUACCUCAACAUCUCAGCCCACAACUACAGGUGUGGAAACAACAGGGCCAGUUGUCAUAACUUCGAAUCCCACAACUUUAACAACAACUACAAUUUCACCCACAACAACUACACCUACCACAGGUAGAACAACAACAGUUGAAGAAACCACGACUGAGAUAAGUCCAUCCACCUCCACAAAGCCAUCUAAAGAAGUCACCACCGGCCCAACAACCACUUCCACCACUGUAAUUGUUGAAACAUCUACCUCAACAUCACAGCCCACAGCAACAGGUGAAGAAACAACAGGGCCAGUUGUGAUAACUUCAAAUCCCACAACUUUAACAACAACUACAAAUGUACCCACAACAACUACACCUACCACAGGUGGAACAACAACAAUUGAAGAAACCACAACUGAGACAAUUUCAUCUGCAUCCACAAAGCCACCUAAAGAAGUCACCACCGGCCCAACAACCACAUCCACCACUGUAAUUGUUGAAACCUCUACCUCAACGUCUCAGCCCACAGCAACAGGUGAAGAAACAACAGGGCCAGUUGUCAAUACUUCCAAUCCUACGACUUCAACCACUACUCCAACGGCACCCACUACAACUACAGAGGUAAUUAAACCUACCACAGGUGGAAUUAGAACAAUUGAAGAAACCACAACUGAGACUAGUCCAUCUACAUCCACAAAGCCACCUAAAGAAGUCACCACUGGUCCAAUUACAUCUUCUACAACUUAUAUAAUUGUAACUUCAAGUUCAACAUCACAGCCUUCAACAACAAGUACAGAAACAACAGAGCCAGUUGUCAUCACAGGCACAUUAUCAACAACGACUCCUUCAGCAUCGCCACAAGUGAUUAUUACACCUACAUCACAAGCAGUCACCACCAGCCAGUGCAUUUGCAAUGUUAAUGGGACACAGUAUCUACCAGGGAACCUAGUGUAUAAUGUGACCGAUGGUUCAGGGUGGUGCUUCACGGCUUACUGCAAAGCAACGUGCCAAGUUGAAGUGGAAUCAAAUCCAUGUCCUUCCUCUACACCACCCACUGUAUCACCCACAACAUCAGAAGAGACCACGACCACACCACCAACAACCCAAUCCUCCCCAGACUGCACUAGCACUGAUCCACCAAGAAAGAAUGGAGAAUCUUGGCAGCUGAAUAGCUGUACCACAGCAGUUUGCCAGGACGGCAUUGUUGUCCAGCUACCAGUAAAAUGCAAGCCAGUGGAGCCACUACAGUGUGAGAAUGGUCGUCCACCUGUCAAGGUCUAUGAUUCAACUGGAUGCUGCUUUACGUAUGAAUGUGAAUGUGUAUGCAGUGGAUGGGGUGGAUCUCACUACAUGACAUUUGAUGGAGUAUAUUACAAUUUCCAGGAGAACUGCUCAUACACCUUAGUGAAAGAAAUCAACUUCAAAUACAACCUUACCAUUAUUGUUGAUAAUCACUACUGUGGAAACGCCGACAGUGGAUUCUGUCCUCAGUCCCUUAUCAUUCAUUACAAAUCCUAUGAAGUGAUUCUAACCCAGCAGAGAUCUGGUGACACAACAGAAAAUGUGGUAUAUGUCAACACUAAACGAAUCUACCCAGCUUACAGAAUGGGUGACAUUGCUCUAACAAGUACUGGUGUGGAAGUCGUGCUGGAGAUCACUGAUCUUAAGGUUCAGGUGUCUUACAAGGGGUCAUCAUUUAGCAUCAACCUUCCUUAUUCCCUCUUCCAAAGCAGCACAGAGGGCCAGUGUGGUACCUGUGAUAAUUCCCAGAAGAAUGACUGCCAGUCACCUAAUGGUCAGAUACAGAGCUGCUCAGUCGCAGCUAGCCAGUGGCUGAUUCCAAACCAGGACUGUCCAACUCCUCCAACAGCACCACCCUCUACCACCACGGCAACCCCAAGCACAUCCCCUACCCCCUGCAAGACAGUCAUUUGUGAAAUCAUGAACAGCAAGGUCUUUGAGGAAUGCCAUAAAGCGGUUUCUCCUGAUGCCUUCAUUCAGGCCUGUAGAUCAGAUGUCUGCAACAAUGCUAUUUCUAGCUGCUAUAGUCUGGAGGCGUAUGCAUCUGAAUGUGCAAAUAAAGGCAUCUGCAUUGACUGGAGGAAUUCAACCGAUGGAGAAUGUGUGCAUACAUGCCCAGCCACUAAGGUGUACAUGCCAUGUGGUCCAGCAGUUGAACCAACAUGUAAUUCAAAAUAUAAUGAGAAGUAUUUGAACAACCAAACCCAAAUGACCAAUAAGACGAAGGAGGGUUGCUUCUGUCCAUCUAAAACCGUCUUGUUCAGCACCUACUCUGAUACUUGUGUGGUCUCCUGUGGCUGCACUGGACCUGAUGGCAACCCCAAAAUGCCUGGUGAUACAUGGGAGAGUGGUUGCCAGCAGUGCACCUGUGACAUGGACUCCAUGAUUGUCCAGUGCCAGCCUAUCACCUGCCCCACACCAGCCACACCCAUCUGCAAUGAGACUGGAUACAGACUGGUGAACAAGACAGAAGGCUGCUGCCAGAAAUAUACAUGUGAGUGCGAUGCACUGCUUUGCCCCAAAGUCAUGAUGGACUGCCAACCAGGGUGGGAGGCAAUUAUAAGCACGUCCAUCUCAAGUUGCUGUCCAGAGUAUACCUGUGUUCCUAAGGGUGUAUGUGUCUACAAUAACAUUGAGUACCAGCCUGGUGCUGAAGUUCCUAAAGGAACUUGUGAGAAUUGCACCUGCAGCUCGAUCAUGGAUCCUAGCACCAAGCUCAACAACAUUGUGUGCACAAAUAUCUCCUGCAACACUACAUGUUCACAGGGCUUCCAGUAUCAGGCCAUACCUGGUCAGUGUUGUGGGAAGUGUGUACAGACAAGCUGUGUGGUUACUAUGCCAGAUAAGACCAAACACACUAUUCAGGUGAACGAAACGUGGUCACCACCUGGUGACAAAUGUGUGAAGUACACAUGUGAGAAACCUGGUGGCCAAUAUAUACCAGUGGAGGUGAAGACUGUGUGCCCUGCAUUCAGCCCAGAGAACUGUGUCCCAGGCACAGAAAAGACAGACGCAAAUGGAUGCUGCAAGACCUGCACAGAACGUAGCAAUGUCUGUGAGAUGAAGUACACCACCACUAGAAUUGUCAUCAGUGGCUGUGCGACCUCUGAGCCUGUGGAGAUCAAUUCCUGCUCAGGAAACUGUGGAACCUCUUCUAUGUACUCAGCAGAGGCGAACACCAUGAUGCACUACUGCUCCUGCUGCCAAGAGGCGACCACUAGCCAGAAAGAGGUGGAGCUGAUGUGCCCUGAUGGAUCAAAGGUCAAGCACUCCUACAUCCACGUUGAGUCGUGUGGAUGUCAUGUCACAGACUGUGAUGCAGGCACGACCACUGCCCCGGGGACAACGAGACCGCGCAGGAGGAGGCGCUAAACGUCUAGGGAGACAACAUGCACACUGAUAUCGCAAUUGUCGACAUGACAUAGAAUGUUUUCUUGUUACGUUUUAAUUAAAUCUGUCAUGCCAGUGUAUUUCUACAUUUGGCAACACUUAGUGUUAUGUUCUUAUACCUUCAUUGUGGAAUUAAUGUAUUUUCUAUGAUAAAUGUAGUGGAGAAUCUCUUUUCUCAUUUGUAGUGAUUAAUAAACAACAGCAACUUCAA